AGCUUGGCUCGAGGCGGCAGAGUGGUGGUUCCUGCCUGCUUGAGGUCGGGAAGCCAUGUCCAAGGUGAGUGCCUACCACCUGCUGAUCAAGCACGAAGGCUCGCGCAACCCGGUGUCUCGGCGAACGGGGCAGAGCACGAGCGGGAAGUCGAAGGACAAGGCGCACGAGGAACUCAACAAGCUCCUCGGACAGUUGAACGGCUUGUCAGGAGAAGCCCUCAAAGAAGAGUUCAAGAAGCUGGCCCAGGCGCACUCCGAUUGCGGCUCCUUCAGACAAGGCGGCGACCUGGGCGAGUUUGGGAAGGGCGACAUGCAGAAGCAGUUCGAAGACGGCACGUACGCCCUCUCAGUCGGGGGGCUCAGCGGCAUCGUCGAUUCCGACAGCGGCUCGCACCUCAUCCUGCGCUACGCUUGAGCGCUGGCGGCGGGGUGAAUCGCGACCGGCUUACUCCCCCUCGUCGUCCUCAUCCCUCUCCUCCUCCGCCUCCUCCUCCUCUUGACAUUUCUCCACGUGCGGGGGCGAGGAGGGGAAGCGCUGUCUCCGGACUCUCUGCGGACCCCUGUCGCAGCGCCGCGAUCUGCCGCGACCCGGGCCGCAUGCGACGACCGAAGUGUCGUCCCAGCGCUUGCCGCUCUGCACGAACGAGAUGGCGCCCAAUGCCGUUCCACAGCCUCGAGCAUCUGAUUUAGCACGGGGUCAUCUCUUUCAGCAGCGUCGAAAAAGCA